ACAGAUACACGCAGAGCUCGCCUCUGCUUACUCGUAUUCCCAUUGCACGGCGCCUGCUCGCUCGCUCUGCACCGUGCUCGUACCAGUACAUCUCGUGAACCAGAAUCACACUGAAUGGCAUGCAACACCAGCAUUUUCACGGCGCAAAAGCACGGGCCGUGAAUGACCGACCCCCUGUUGGCGUGUUUCUGCCGCUGCUCAUUCUUUGGCUCGCCUCUGCGACACGCGCUCCAGCAGCGAAAACCACCCCCGGCUAACCACCAGCCAGUCCUGGAUCGAAAUGCGCGGUGGCUGACGGCGGUCGCUCAAGUCAAGAUACGACUCGCUGCAGGCCUCUCGCUGCCUCUGCGCUCGCUCGCUCGCUCGCUCGUACCCGCAGAUUUGCUGCGACUGGCUGUUUUCCCACGGCCUGGAGAGCGCUGGUCGCCUGGCUCUGCGCUGCUGUCCACUCGCAUCUCUCUCCAGCGUCGCUCGAUGCAUACAUAUCGACCGACCCAAGGCCAUCACCCCCGCGAAAAGGGACCCUCCUUUUUCCCUACAUUCUGUCGCUCUCACUCUCGCUUUUGCUGCUCUUGUCCCGGCACUCACUUGCUGCUCACCUCUCUCGCUCUGCCCGGAAUCACGAACCCCCCCCGGUCGCCGUCCCAACACAUCUCAGUUUCCUGUCAUCUCAUCUCAUCGCUCAUCUCGACAAGUACUGCUACUCGCGCUACUGCUGCUCAUCUUGCCAUCCCCUGCUCGCGCUGCCAAGCUUAAAACCGUCCAGAAAACUGGGUCUAGCCUCUAUUGUAGGGGCCGGUGGUGGUGCCGCAAAGUACCUCCAACCACCCCUGGGCUGGGCCGUUGACACUUGAGCUCCCCUUUUUCAUAACCUCCAAGCCUUAUCCACUUUGAAAUCAAUCCUCACCUCAGUCACUCCUUACGCUUGACCUCCUUUCGGCCUCUUCUCUCAUCCGUCUUUUUUGGAAUUUUCACACUUUUGAUUCUUUCUCUCCUCUCUUGUUUGUCUGUGUAAGCGACCCGCCCUUCCUCCAAGCAUCAACCCGACCGCUCUGUUCGACC